CAAACAAUCAACCCGUCUAUCAACAUCAAAUUAUGUGGAUAUUAUUUACACCUCGGGUUUAUCUGAACAACCUAUCCCCAGCAUGCAUCCAAAUAAAUGACAAUAUAAAAGCGUGCGCAAAAUGUGGCAAUAAUCGAUAGGUUGAUGAUGGCAGUUUUGGCCUUGUUGGAAGAUGUUGCUAAUGGUCGCAUUCGAAGGGAACGGGUGUAUCAUGACUAUCAUGAUUUUUUGGCCCAUGAUGAUGACUGGCUUAUCAGCCGAUUCAGAUUACCAAGAGCUAUCCUCUUGGAACUCUGUGCUGAGUUGGGCCCGCGUUUGGAGAGAGAGACGGCGAGAAGCCACGCAUUGCCAGUUCCUCUCCAAGUUCUGACCACCCUUGGUUUUCUGGCAACGGGAGCAUUCCAGAGGGAACUGAGUGACCGGUCAGGGAUGAGCCAAUCGUCUCUGAGCCGCGCCAUGCCGGCUGUUUUGGACGGCAUAAUCCGCAUGUCAGCCAGGUAUGUAAGGUUCCCAUACGAUGCAGUUGAUCAGGCAAACAUUAAAGCGCAAUUUGCAGCGAUUGCCGGUUUCCCUAAUGAAAUCGGAGCGAUCGACUGCACACACAUUGCUAUAAAGGCGCCAUCUGACGGGGAAUUUGCUUACGUUAAUAGAAAACAUUUCCAUUCUUUAAACGUGCAAAUAAUCUGUGAUGCCCAAAUGCGCCUUACGAAUGUCGUGGCAAGGUGGCCUGGGUCAACCCAUGAUUCAUAUAUCCUCACAAACAGCAUGGUUGGGAAUAGAUUGGAGGCUGGCAGGGUGCGUGAUGGGUGGCUAAUUGGAGACAGCGGUUACGCAUUGAGGACAUGGCUGUUAACCCCCCUCACCAACCCACAGACUGACCGAGAGCAGAGGUACACUAAUGUCCAUGCCCUCACUCGGUCAGUCGUGGAAAGGGCUAUUGGGCAGCUGAAAGGCCGGUGGCGCUGCCUUGACCGCAGCGGGGGGGUACUCCUGUAUCGCCCUGAAAAGGUGUGCCGCAUUGUUAUGGCUUGUGGGGUCCUACACAAUGUUGCGCACCAGCACGGCGUGCCACUGCCCGUGAACGUACCAGCACCAGACGACCUAGACCCAGGACCAAUAUAUAUGCAGCCCGACCAAGACGCCAUUCAAACCCGACAGCGUGUAAUGGCCAGAAUAGGCCUAUAA